AUGGCCAUCUCCUCACGUCUGGCGCUCUGGGAGCAGAAGAUCCGGGACGAGGACCGGGGCCCACCCCCUGCUGCUCCCCCCCUGCUUCUGUCGGUCAUCCCCGGGGGGUUCAUCAAGCAGCUCGUGAGGGAGACUGAGAAGGAGGCCAAGGCUGCCAAGCUGAGGAAGGAAAAGGGGAGCGGCAAAGAGGAGCCCGUGGCAGCAGACAGUGGGGCCGGAGCUGGUGUCACCGGAGCAGAGGGGACCAAGGACAGGCGGCAGCUGCCCAACGGGCUGCAGGGAGAGGGGCCAGGGGGCAAGGGGGUGACCCCCCCCACACCCGGGAGGGCUGCACCAGGGCCCAGCACCAGCAAAGCCCCAUCCCCAGCACCCAGCCCCACAGCAGCAGCCCCAAAGCCAACGGAGACCCCUGGGCUGGAGGCUCCCAAAGCAACGCAGCCGCUGUGCCCCAAGAGGAGCCCCAAGGACCCCCAGCCAGGGGGCAGCCCCCAGGCUCUGACCCCCCCAGCGGCUGCCCCCAAACCAGCAGAGACUCCUCGGCCAGAGGCUCCAAAGGCGGUGAAGCCGUUGGGCCUCAAGAAGAGCCCCCAGGCUCUGACCCCCCCACCGGCUGCCCCCAAGCCAGCAGAGAGCCCUCGCCCUGAGGCUCCUAAGGCAGUGAAGCCUCUGGGCCUCAAGAAGAGCCCCAAGGACCCCUGCCCAGGAGGCAGCCCCCUGCCUCCAGCCCCUGCGCCCAGCAAGGGCUCCCAGUGCUCCAGUAAAGCCCCAGCAAAAGUGGGGGACACGGCCAAGGACCCUGAGAGCACCGAGAAGGAGAAGGGGGCACCCCUGAGCCCCACAGAGCCUCCGGCCAAGGCAGGAGCCCAAAGGGAGCUGGGGCUGGGCAGGAAAGAGCCAGAGAAGAUGAAGAAAGAUGUUGGAGAUGGGAAGAAGGAGCCAAGGGAAAUCAAAAAGCCUGGAAAAACUGCGGACAAGUCAGAGGGGCCCAAGGAGGAGCCAGGAGGGACCGAGAAGUCCAAAGAUGUGGCAAAGGAGGUGGGGAAGGUGAAGGAAGAGCUGGCAGAAGGGAAAAAGUCACCAGGAGAGAGCAAAGAGACAGGCGAGAGCACGGACAAGGACCAGGCUCCUAAGGAUGUCUGGUAUGAAGCGGAGAAGGUCUGGCUUGUCCAGGAGGAUGGAUUCACGCUCGCCACGCAGUUGAAGCCGGACGUGGGGACACCGGAGCUGCCGGCGGGGAGGGUGCGGGUGCGCCGGGAUGUGGACGGCAGCAUCACCGAGGUGGACGAGGACAGCGUGCAGAGGAGCAACCCCCCCAGCCUGGACCUGGCCGAGGACCUGUCCGCGCUCCUCAGCCUCAACCCCUGCAGCAUCAUGCACACGCUGCAGCAGCGCUACCGAGCCCGCCUGCCCUGCACCUUCGCCGGGCACAGCCUGGUGUCCAUCCGGGACAGCGGCACCGGCACCGCGGGCAGGGCACUCAAGGGGAAGCGGGACAUGCCCCCCCACAUCUGCUCGGUGGCACAGCGAGCCUACAGGAACCUGCUGCUGCAGCGCCAGGACCAGGCCAUCAUUCCCCUCGGACGCAGUGGGGCUGGCAGGACCUCAUGCUGUCGGAAGGCUGUGGAGUUCCUGGUGGGCUCUGCGGGCAGCAUGGAUGGCAGAGUCUCAGUGGAGAAGAUCCAGGCGAUGUUCACAGUGCUGGGAGCCUUCGGGUCGGUGACCACCGGCCACAGCAGCAGCUCCACGCGCUUCUCCAUGGUCCUGUCGCUGGAUUUCAGUGCCAUUGGCCAGAUAACGGCUGCUCACCUCCAGACCCUGCUGCUGGAGCGGGGCCGUGUUGCCCAGCAGCCCCCCGGAGAGAGCAGCUUCAACGUCUUCCCCCUGAUGCUGGCGGGGCUGGAUGCAGCACAGAGGACAACGCUGCACUUGCACCAGGUGUCUGAGAACAAUUCCUUUGGGAUCAAGCCAUUCACAAAGCCCGAGGAGAAGCAGAAAGCCUCGGCAGCGUUCGCCCAGCUCCAGGUGGCCAUGGGCACAUUGGGCAUCACCGAGGAGGAGCAGGCAGCCGUGUGGCGUGUCCUAGCCGGCAUCUACCACCUGGGAGCCGCCGGUGCCUGCAAAGCGGGCAGGAAGCAGUUCCUGAGGUUCGAGUCCGCGGUCAGCGCGGCGGCUGCGCUGGGCUGCGACCCGGAGGAGCUGAGCACGGCCACCUUCAAGCAUCACCUGCAGCACAUCCUGGCGCAGGUCACGGCUCGGGGCCGCCGCCUGCCCCCGCCGCAGGACAGCCCCGCAGGGCCAAAGAUGACAGGUGUGGAGUGUGUGGAGGGGAUGGCUUCAGGUCUCUAUGAGGAGCUCUUUGGUGCAAUCGUCUCCCUGAUCAACAGGUCCUUCUCCUCCCCACACCUCUCCAUGGCCUCCAUCGCCGUGGUGGACACCCCCGGCUUCCACAACCCGCGGCAUCAGCACCGUGAGCGCGCAGCAACCUUCGAGGAGCUCUGCCACAAUUACAUGCACGAGCGGCUGCAGAUGCUCUUCUAUGAGAAAACCUUCGUUUCGGAGAUGGAGAGGUACAGAGAGGAAAAUGUUGAGGUGUCUUUUGAUCUUCCAGAGCGCUCUCCUCUGGACACGCUGUCCAUCAUCGACCUGAGCUCCUCACAGCCACAGGCACUGCCGGGCAGCCCGGGAUCUGAUCGCAGGGGGCUGCUGUGGAUCCUGGAUGAGGAGGCCCUGACCCCUGGCUCUGGGGAUGGAGCCGCCUUUGACCGCCUGUGCUCCUACUUCACCGCAGAGGGACCUGACCAGGAGGGGGACAGCCACAUGCGGAGGUGUGAGCAGGGGCUGCACUUUGAGAUCAACCACAGGCUGGGCACAGACCCCGUGCGCUACGACAUGACAGGAUGGGUCAGCAAAGCCAAGUUCAACCUCUCGGCACAGAACGCCCUCCAGGUGCUGCAGCAGUCCACGGUCGAGGCCGUGCGGUUGCUGGUGGAGCCGCGGGUGCGGGCAGCGCUGCGCUGCCGCGGAGUGGCCGGGCUGGAGGGACGCUCGCAGGCAGCCCUGCACCGCAGUGCCUGCGUCAGGAAGAGCUUCGCCAGCAGCUUCGCGGCCGUGAGGAAGCGCUCGGUGUGCGCCCAGAUCAAGCUGCAGGCGGACGCGCUCACGAACCUCCUCCGCCGGUCCCGGCUGCACUUCGUGCACUGCCUGCUCCCUGGAGCGGGGCCGGAGGGGCAGCUGCCUCGUCCCCCCGCGCCGCCGGACGCAGCCCCACAGCUGGAUGUGCCCACCCUGCGGACACAGCUGGAGGGGACCCAGCUCCUGGAUGCCCUGCGCCUGCACCGCAUCGGGUAUGCGGAUCGCCUGCUCCUCACCCAGUUCCGAAGGCGCUUCCAGGUCUUGGCUCCGGAUGUCAUGAAGAAGCACACCUCUGCCUACGAGGUGCCGGAUGAGAGCAAGGCCAUACAGGAGCUCUUCCAGGCACUGGAUCUGGAGAAGAGCAGCGUUGCCAUCGGGCGCAGCCAGGUUUUCCUGAAGCCAGGAGUCAUCUCCCGGCUGGAGAAGCAGCGUGACAAGCUGAUAGCCCAGAAGAUGAUCCUGCUGCAGGCUGCGUGCAAGGGCUUCCUCAGCCGACAGAAGUUCAAGAGGCUGAAGAUCCAGCGCCUGGCCAUCCGCUGCAUCCAGAAGAACCUGGUGGUGUUCCAGGCCAUCAGGCACUGGUCCUGGUGGCAGCUCCUGAGCCGUGUGCGGCCCCUGCUCAGCGUUAACCUUACUGAGGAGCAGCUCCGGGCCAAAGAAGAGGAGCUGGCAGCGCUGAGAAGGAAGCUGGAAAAAUCCGAGCAGGAAUGCAGUGAGCUCAGGCAGAAUGCAGAGAAGCUGGAGAGCAAGAUCAUCGACCUGAACACGGAGCUCUCAGAUGAGCAGUACAAGGGUGAUGUCGCCUGCCAGGUCCUGGAUGGGGAACGGGCAGAGAGGCUGCGGGGAGCCCGUGAGCUGCAGGAGCUGCAGAGCAAACAUGACCAAGUGCAGAAGAAACUGGAGUCAGUGGAAAAGCAGCUGGAGGAGGCCCAGCAGCUGGUUCAGUUGCGUGAGAUGAAGAUAAGUGGCUCUGGAGGAGAGGAUGAGUGGCAAGUGCGCUUCGAGUGCGCGCAGACGGAGAUCUCCUUCCUGCGGAAGCGGCUGGUGCAGCUGGAGCAGCGCCUCGAGUCUGAGCGGGGCUCCAGGACCGGGCUGGAGCAGAAGCUCGGUGCGGAGCAGGCAGCCUGCGAGGCAGCCAAGAAGGCAUCGCAGCAGCUGCGGCGGCAGUGCCGGCGCCUGGCCUGUGAGCUGGAGGAUGCACGGGUGCUCGCCGAGAGCCAGCAGAGCCGCAGCCAUGAGCUGGAGAAGAGGCAGAAGAAGUUCGACCUGCAGUUAGCCCAGGCCCUGGGGGAGUCUGCCUUUGAGAAGAGCCUCCGUGAGAAAGUGUCACAGGAGAACACCAGCAUCCGCUGGGAGAUGGGCAAACUCCAGCAGCGCUUGGAGCAGAAGGAGGCAGAGGUGUCCGGCCUGACACAGAAGGUGUCGGUGCUGGCCGGCCGGGUGGAGGAGCUCAGCACCCCCAGCACCAUGGAUGCCUGGGCAGUGCCUGCACUCCGGAAGCAGCUCUGGGACAUGGAGGCCAGUGCUGCUGAGCAGAGGAAGGAGCUGGAACAGCAAACGGCUGCUGUUGAUCACCUGGAGCAGCAACACCAGCGCCUGGAGCUGGAGAUAGAGCGGAUGAAGCAGAUCCACCAGAAGGAGCUGGAGGACAAGGACGAGGAGCUGGAGGAUGUGCGGCAGUCCUGCCAGAGGAGGCUCCGGCAGCUGGAGAUGCAGCUGGAACAGGAGCAUGAGGAGAAGCAGAUGGUGCUGCAUGAGAAGCAGGACCUGGAAGGGCUCAUCAGCACCUUGUGUGAGCAGAUCGGCCACCGGGACUUCGAUGUGGAGAAGCGGCUGCGGCGGGACCUGCGCCGGACACGGGCUCUGCUCGCUGAUGUACAGCUGCUGGUGGCAGUGCCCACAGAGCCGGGUACCAGUGCCCAGGACAUGGAGCGCCUGCGCAGGCAGUUGGAAGAGAGCGAAGCGAAGUGCGCAGAGGCCCAGAGGACCCAGCAGGCAGCGGCCCAGCAGCUGGAGAGCUUGCACAUGGAGCUGGAGACCCUCAGCAGAAGCAAGGCCCUGGUGGAUGAGCAGCUCAAUCAGCUGCAGCAUGAGAGAGCUGACCUCCUGAAGCGCAUUGAUAUGGACCAGGAGGACCUGAACGAGCUCAUGGAAAAGCACAAGGCUCUGAUUGCCCAGUCCGCAGCAGAUAUUGCUCAGAUCCGGGAGCUGCAGACGCAGGUGGAGGAUGUGAAGAAGGAAAAGCAGAGCCUUCAGGAGAAGCUGCAGGCAGCGCAGGCCAGAGCAGCGCGCAUGGAGCAGUGCCCGGCCGAGCGCUCCAUCGUCAGCCGGCAGGAAGCUCGGAUCCGUGACCUGGAGAGCCAGCUGGACUUCCAGGCCGUGCAGAUGAAGCGCUUCGAGGUGCUGGUGCUGCGCUUGCGAGACAGCAUCAUAAAGAUGGGUGAGGAGCUGGAGAAGGCGGCAGAGUCAGAGGCACGGGAGAAGGAGAACACCAGGUACUACCAGAGGAGGAUGGAGGAGAUGAAGGCUGACAUGGAUGAGCUGGUGCAGAGGGAGCUGGAGUCCAGCCGCCGGCGUGUGGAGCUGGAGCAGCAGCUGGCAGAGCUGGCAGCAGUGCGGCAGGCCCUGCAGGCUGACCUGGGCACUGCCAUCCGCCGCAUUGCACAUCUGCAGGCAGCCCUGGAGGAGCGGCGGUCCAGCGAUGACAGUGAUGCUGAGAGUGUGCAGACGACGCAGGAGUCCCUUUGCUCCAGAAGAGAGACGGAUGCCUGCUCCAGCAUUGGAUCCACACUUGGUCUGGAGCCCACAGAGAGCAUCAAGUCCUGGCUGGGAUCAUCCACGGGCUGGUCCUCCCCUGUGGGUGGCAGCGUGGCCGGGAGCAUUUCGGCACAGUCCAUCGGCAGCCGCAGCACCCACAGCCCCAGGCUGAGCAGAGACACCAAGGAACCCGCACCGAGCCGGCCGGCUUCUUCCCGGAGCUCUGCCAUGUCCGUGGAUGCUGCGGAUGCGGGAAGGAUGGCGAGCCCCCUGCUCGGGGCUAGGAGACGGGAAUAUGGAAAACCUCCAGCAGAUGAGGAGGAGCUGGGGAGCCUCAGGAAGCCUGGGGACAGAGCACCAGUGCCCAGCUCCUCGGCUGCCCUCUCUGAGUACGUGGAGGAGCUGCGGCGGCAGCGGGAGCCGGGGCACACGGCACUGGGUGACCCCUCUCCCCUGCCCAUUUACCGCACCAUGGGUGCUGUGGCCCUGCGGCGCUGCAGGGCUUCACCAGCGGCAGCCGAUGCUUCCAUGGGGAAGAUGGAUGGGAAUGAACCAGGAGAAGAGGGUGAAGGAGCAGGCUCCGGCCUCGUGCGCUCCUGCAGCCUGCGGAGCAUGGCCUCGGAGCCAGCGCGCUCACCGGUGCUGAAAAGAGCAUCCAAGUUUGGCUCCUACGAUUCCCUCCUGCAGAGCCUGGAUGGGUCCAGCCGCCGGCCCAGCUCUCCGGCUGCAGGGAUGGAGGUGCUGGGAAUGCUGCGGCCAAGCUCCUGGAGGAGCUACUUGGAGCCAUCGCUGGAAGAUGUGGAGGUGGGAACGGGCUCUGCGGAGCUGCUGAGCUCUCCCUCCAGUGACAGGCUGGGUGAGGGGAAGGGGAGCGACCCCUUCACAUGGAGAAUCCCCACCCUCAACUACGAGCGCAGAACCAACGUUGACUUCGAUGACUUCCUCCCGGCCAUACGCAAGUCCCGCUCCACCAGCAGCCUGGCCAAGCCUGGAAGGGAUAGAAGGGAUGGACACCGGCCCCUCACUGUGCGCUUCGAGGAUGAGGCCAUAGCGAGCACCUCAGCAUCCUCCGAGGUGAAGGGAACCACCAAGCGCAGCCCAGCCCUGCAGGAGGACCCUGGGAACGUCUCCGACUCCUCCUCAUCCUCUGGCUCCCACCAAUCCUCCCGGAGCGCCGACAGCAUCAAGCGCCGGCCGCAGCCACAGAGAGGGGAUGGAGAGGGAUGCAGCAACAAAGCCAGCGCCCAGAGCAGUGGGGCAAGCCGGAGGGCUGAGGCAGAAGGGAAGGAGGAUGAUGUCAACAGCAUCAUGAGGAAGUACCUGGGAAAAGACUAAGGAAGCACAAUUUGCAUAAUGAAACCUCCCCACUUGCUCCAGCCUUGGUUUCAAGAAGCUGCAUCCAUGGCCUUGGAGCUGCACUGAGCAAGGGGCUGUGACCCUGCAAGCUGCUUCCCUGCUCCUGUG